GCUUUAUUGCGUCGUUUAAUUGAGACAUCCUUGUUCCAAUGGUCAAACAUUAAAAUUUUGUCAGGACGUUGAAAACUGCUAUUGAUUUUAUUGCUGCCUCAAUAUUUAUUGAGCUGGAGAGAGGAGUGGAUACAUUUCUACUGCAAUAUAGAAAUGCCAGACAUUCGGUUACGAAAUAGACUCCAUCAAAGCUAUUAAUGGAAGAAUUCUUCGGUCGAAUAUGAGAUGUUUGGAGUCUGCAGAAGUUACAUAUUAUCGUGGCAACGAUCUUCGACCAUCCACGGGGAUCGUUCUGAAGAAUGUCGGGAAAUCUAUGGUGCGACUUCUAGAUAUCAAUGACUUAAGUACACACAAUCGACAUGCUGAUCAAAUACAAUUCCAGGAACCAAGUGAGUCUGCUCCAAUUUUGGUUUUUAAUUCUAAUACUAAUGAGUGCAUUAUAGAUAAUACAGAGUCUUUAUCCAAUACACUGUCGGACAGACGCAGGAUGAACUUGAGAAGAAGACGUACAAUUGAUUACAGACACUUGGAUUCCAAUUUAAGCUGUGGUGGUUGUGGUUUUUGAAUGAACUAGUGACUUCUUGGUUGUUGAAUGCCUGAUUUCGA